UUUUUGGUAUUUUUCUGCUGACCACAUUCAACCCCAUGUAAACGGAAAACUGUCAGCAAUAAACGAAAAAUAAAAAAACGGAAAAAAUGUUCCAAUAGGAUAUAUAACGAUCUAUCGUUCUUAUGGACACUAUAUAAAUUAUAUGGUUGAUCAAUCUGAGCGAUAUUUAGGAGUAUCAUCGGCAGACGGCAGUAAAAAUUCGAAAAAUUGAAAACUUAAUGGAAAUAAUUAAAGAGUCAAAAACUGUUUUUCCAAUUUGAACUUGUUUACGCCCGUUUCCAAUCGUUCCUAUGGCAGCACAAAUAAGGAUAUAGAAUAUAGUUUUUUCAACAAACUGAAAAAAAUGUCAACGGAAAGCAAUACACCAGUGGAUCCACGGGUUCAGAUUGAGCUGGAAAAGCUAAACACAGCUACGGAUAAUAUAAACCGUUAUGAAGUGGAGCUUGAUGAGGCCAAAUGCGAGUUCAAACGGUUAUUGGCCGAGAGUGUGGUGCGAAUCAAGGCGGCAGCCCAUAAACUAGGCAACUCAAUUGAUGCCGCCAAACCGUAUUACGAAUCACGCAUUUACGCUGCCCAAUUGGCCAAGGAGACCCAACAGGCGGCAGCCAAUCAUGAGAAGGCCAAAUCCAUACAUGCGGCCGCCAAAGAAAUGGUCUACCUGGCCGAACAGGGUUUGGGCGAGAAAUCAACCCUGGAUACGGCCUGCCAGGAAAUGCUCAGCCAUGCGGCCAGUAAAGUGAAUCAAUCCCAAUUGGAGGUGACCGAUACACGGAAUGCUCUCAAAAUGUGCCAACUAAAAUUGGAGGUGGCCAACAAUCGAGUGGGCAAACUGCAAGGACAACUUAAGCAGGCCUUGAGGGCAUCCAGAUUGCAGAUCAAACGCAAUUACCUUUUGUUGAGAUUCCUAAACUCAAUGCACGCUUUAUAUUGUCCACUCUGUUCGCCCUAUUACGAGACGCGUGCCAAUUAUAAUGGUCUACUGAAGGCCCAAAAGCUGCGCGUUAACGAACUGGAAGCGAAAGUGAGUUCGGCGAAAAUGACAUAUAACGAGGCUUUAAAGAAUCUGGAGCAAAUCUCCGAGGAUAUACAUAGGCAGCGACAGCAGCGCAACAAUUUGCUUAACUAUGAGGCUAUGCUAAGGCAGGUGGAUACUACGGGGGCAAUCAAACCGGAGCCGCAAGUAGAGUCGGAGCAAGUACUAAGCAAUGUGACAGCCAAUGCGAAUGAGGAAGAGGAUGAGGAGUAUUUAAGCAUGCCGGAGCGUCUGAGUAUUAGUGAGGCGAGUUCACCGCAUCGGUCGACAUUGAGUGAUCCGCACGAUUGUCCACACUUGCUGCAAGAUUUCGAGGCUGUAUUGACGUUUCCGUCAAAACGUUUGCCCAAAUCGGCUAGUGCCAGUGCCACAGACGGAGACUCACUGUUUGCUCAGUCGCAGGGCUUGCACGGACCGUACGAGUCGACAACGCCGGCUCCAAAUCAGGCUCAGGAUCAGGACAUUGAGCAAUGGACAGAAAUUCGUCUCUCGCAUUCCGAUAGCACUAGUUCCAGCUACUCUAAUCAAUCUCGAGGAGGAUUGGGUGGAUUGGGCUCACUAGAACCGGACAUCGAUGCCCAGUCGCAACAUUCCACUUCGUCAUCGGAUGAGCCCAAACGGAAAGUGACCUGCACAACCAUAUUUCAUCAGGAUCAGGAUCAGGAUGGCGGAAAUGGAGGAAUGGGAUCUGGUCAGCAGCAGAUGAGCCGCAAGCAAAGUCUCAGUCAAUGGUUGUCCCGCUCGAAUAGCUUUAAGAGCAGCGGUCGACGACAGAGUUUCGAUUUGCUUAUCGAUGCCGGCGACAAGGUGAAGGAUGUCUUUAACUAUGGCUUUCAGAAGGUGGGCAGAACAUUGGAGCGCCGCAAUAGCGAAUCGGAGAUGGCUCAAACGGAAACUGGCGGCGCCGGUGCUGAAUCGGAGGCUUUGCUGGCUGGUUCGACGACGACAACUCCGUCAUCGGUGACAACAUCCACAUCUUUGGCCUCAGGCAAUGCGUCUGGUGGCAAUACCAGUGACUUCUUUCUAUUCAGCAGAUCCUCAGAACCCAAAGAAUUACUAUCCGAUGAGCAGGUUGAGAAUUUACUUUUAAAUCACACGGUGGACGAGCAUGGAGCCAUUAUAGUGGAGGAGCUUAAAUCGCCAACAACAACAAUGCAACAGCAGAAGCCACAACAUCCGCUGAGUGUGGCAGGAGCUGCACGUGCUGCUUUGCUCUUUUAAAAGGCUUUAUCAUGUUGAAUGUUUUGUUUCUUGGCCGAGGACUGUGCACAAAACACAAGAAGAAGAAAACACUCAUUCAAAUGCGGAAUGAUGUAAUUGACGACCGAAUGACAAAGAAAAGACCAUAUCAAUGGGAGAGAAGAAGACGAUAUAAAAGAUGUAUCUAGGACCAGAAGCAGGUAAUGGAGGCAAAGAUGAUGAUGAUGUCGAUGAAGCAGUACCAGACCAGUACCCGCCCGGUAUUGUACUAUGUUGUGCUAACUAUUUUAAAUAUUUAUUCUAAUCAAAUCCUACAAAAUCAUGUGCAAUAAUAAUAAUAAUAAUGUUGAAAUGAGAGUUAGUUACAUUUUAUGCUGUUCACAAAAAGCAAUUAAACCUUAAACCCCAAAGAUGAUAAAAACCUAGUCAGAAAAAAAAAACACAAAACAAACAAAAAAACAAAAAAAUAGAAAUAAAUCCGUUGUAGUAGCAGUUAUUGAAUGUGUGUGCAAAAUGAAUCUAAUGCAAUUUAAAUUGAGUAAAAGGCAAACGGAAACGAAAAAAUACAAAAUAAUUCUAAUUAUACAAAUGUUACGAGUAUAUAGCAUAUACAUACAUACAUAGAUCUAUAAAAGAUUAUUUGACAAAAAGUA